AUGAUGGUCGUCCCCGCGGCGGCAUCUCCGAAUCUUUACUUGCUCGACCUCGUGAAAACCGGCCGCAGGUUCAUCGACCGUGGCCUCGUUCUCGCGGACGGCCAGGUGGACAACAUCUAUCUCCCUGUCGACACUUUCAAGCUUCUGCGAAUCGAUGACAGUGUUGAGUACAAGAACGUCGGCGACAUCAAGGUGGUCGACAGGAGCCACCUGUAUCCUGGACAGGUGGUUGGGUCGGCAUCCGACAUGGGCGGCCAGAUCGGCGUCGUCACCGGCGUCAACACCAUGCUCAGCCUAGCCAAGCUCGACAACAACGGCGUGCCGGCCAAGGUCAUCAGGGGGGUGUCCCCGUCUAGCCUGCGGCGCGUCAGGAGCAUCAACCUUGGAGACUUUGUCGUGUCCGGGCCGUGGCUCGGCCGUGUCGUCGAGGUGUCGAUCGACGUCGAUGUGUUGUUCGAUGACGGAGCUGUUUGCAGGAUCACCGACGCAGAGUCUACGAACCUGGCGAGAGUGCAUGAAAGCGGCACCAUGGUGACCAUGCAUCGCCGCCAAAUGAACAGUGUAUUGCACCAGGGGCAGCACGUCACCUUGCCAGGCGCUUGUUCACUCUUCAAGGAUGCUCGCUGGCUUAAUGGCUACUGGCAUCCUUACCGACAAGUAGGCACCAUCAUGAAGGUGGAGACGGCCGGCAUCCUCGUCUACUGGGUUGCAUCCAGACAUUGUGGCACCGACAAGGGGCUAGUGGAGGCAUCCGCUCCUCCAGCCUACCAGAACCCAGAUGAUCUUACGUUCUUCUGCGCCUCAUACAAUUGCUGCUGGGGGCUUGCUGACCGUUGUUUUUUUCUAGAAACUAGUUCCACCAAAGAGGAUCAAGCUUGUGCUCCUGAUCAACACGAUGGUGACGAUGAUGAUUAUGAUGAUGAUGAUAAAGAUGAUGAUGAUGAUGAUAAAGAUGAUGAUGAGGCAGAGGAGGACGGGGAGAAGGAAUACAACGCAUGCUCAGAAGACAAUCAAGAGGUGUGUGAUGGAUCAACCUCUCAGGUGGUACCACCCACCGAGCAGAAGGAUGCGGGGUUUUAUCGGAAGCAGCUAAGGAAGGUCGUCUUUGAGGGCCAUAGACGAGCGCAACGGCCACAAGUCAUGAGACAUGUCGAGGUGGAGUUUCCAAUGGUCGUCGCCGACACCUGCACCACCGUCGAUGUGUUGUGGCAGGAUGGCACACGACAACAUGGCAGACGUUCAGCGACCGUCGUUCCCUUUGGGAUCUGGAAUGAGCAAGAGUUCUUCCCGGGACAGCGUGUUGUCGCCAACGUUCUUCCUAUUAGCGCUGCCGUUGAAGCUACUGGUGACCAUGAUGAUGUGACAACUACUAGCGUCAACAAUAACAUUGAUGCGUCCGGAAUUGGACCAACGGAGCGUGUGGGAAUCGUCAAGAGCCUGCAAUACGAGGACCAGACGGUUUGUUUAUCAUGGUUCAAGACGUCAGGGCACCCAGAUGAGGCUAGGGAGGUCGACUGCGACCAAACUGUCAGUGCUUACGACCUAAAAUUGGACUCUAACCACUCUGCUUACUAUGGUGACAUUGUCAUUCGUGUCCUACCAUCGGGAUCAACAGAUGACGGUGAAAGUGCACCCUUGAUAUUGGGAAACAAGAAGAAAAAUGUCGUUCCCGCCGAUCUUUCAUGGGUGGGGCGGGUAGUUGAACUUCCUAGUGGGCACAUCCAAGUCAAGUGGGGUGAUGGUAGCACGUCAACGGUAUCGCCCGAUGAGAUCGUUGUCGUCAAGGACGAGCACUACAUGGACCUAUUGCUUGAAAUGGGCGACUGGGUAGAGGACGAUGGCAUCGAUGACGCACCCGAAGAACCGGUUGCUGCCAAUACGGACAUUGAUCUUCAGAAUCUAGAUAAUGAUGUCGAAAGCGUCAGCCCGGCAAUGUCAAGGACAAGCCUUUUAGGUUUUCCAUUCCGGUCUUUGCUCCAAUUGACCAGUGACGUGGUAGCUCGAGAUUUGACUUGUCACGGUUUUGCCGGGGGGAUGAAGGCUGCGGAUGCUACCUGUUGCUUUCCACGUUUCGAUGUACUGCAGAUGAGCCCUCUGGAUCACCACUACCUUGAGAUUACGGACCAGGAAAUGCAGGGCGCUAGUCGUGAGAAGAGUUGGGCCAAAACAGUGCAAAAGGAAUGGAAAAUUCUGGAGAACGACUUACCAGAAACCAUCUACGUGCGAGCAUUCGAGGACCGCAUGGAUCUGCUUCGGGUGGUGAUGGUGGGUGUGAGCGGGACACCAUACCAUCAUGGCCUUUUCUUCUUCGAUCUGCAGCUACCUCCGUCAUACCCGUCUGCCCCACCGCAAGUGUACUACCACUCCUUCGGCUUACGGCUCAAUCCCAACCUCUAUGAGUCUGGUACGGUGUGCCUCAGCUUGCUAAACACAUUCGGUGGCGAGGGCACCGAGGUCUGGUCCUCGACGACAUCAAACCUCCUCCAAGUCGUUGUCUCCAUCCAGGGCCUUGUCCUCAAUGACCAACCAUACUACAACGAGGCCGGGUAUGGAACAUUGGUCAACAAACCAGAGGGUCGCCGCAAUGCGCUGCCCUACAAUGAGAAUGCUUACCUGCUUACCCUUCGGACAAUGCAACAUCUUUUACGUCGACCACCUCAGGGAUAUGAGGAAUUCGUUAAGGAACACUUCUGCCUUCGGGGAAGGUUUGUGCUCAGGACAUGCAAUGCGUGGUUGCAGGGAAAUAGUGUCGACAAUGCUCAUGACACUGAAGCAAGUAGGAAGCGGUCGUGCUCGGCUGGGUUAAGGCUUGCACUCACCAACGUGGUGCCAAGCCUCAUGACAGCCUUCACAGAGAUCGGAGCCGAGGGAUGCGAAGAGUACCAGUAG